AUGGCAGCUUGCAAUUUUAUUCCACUAUUUCCAAGCCCUUGUCCUAAUUUUCGAACCAACAUUGCAGAAAUUGGAAAGAUUAACUUCUUUUCUCAUGUUGCAUGUAAAGCUCCUUGCAUGAAAUGGAGCAUCGACAAAAAUCUUAUAGCAACAACUAACCUCUCCACACAACAUGCAUACUUGAAUGGACACAGUUUUAGAGAUGAAUUUGAUAUUGUACAUAAACAGAAACUGGAGAAUAUUAAGCAAUUACUUUUGGAAUCAAAAGAAGAAGAUCCAAUAGAAAGUUUGAAUUUAGUUAAUGCCAUCCAGAGGCUAGCAAUCGACAACCAUUUUCACGAGGAGAUUGACACGAUUCUUCGGGGACAUUAUUUCGCAACCAGCACUUGUGUGUAUGGAUUCUCCACUCUGCGUGACGUUUCGCUUCUUUUCAGAUUAUUGAGACAAGAAGGAUACCACGUACCUGCAGAUGUCUUUCACAACUUCAAGAGCAAGGAUGGAAAGUUCAAAGGACACCUGAGACAAGAUGUCCGAGGAUUGAUGGAAUUAUAUGAAGCUUCACAGCUAAAUUUACAAGGAGAAGAUACACUUGACGAAGCAGCAAAUUUUAGUAGCGAGAUUCUCUCUGAACGUUUGACGGAUUUAGACUCAGAAAUUAUUAGUCACACAUUGAUGUAUCCUCAUCACAAGAGUGUUGCAAGAUUGACUGCCAAUUUUUAUUUUAAAAAUUGUUCUGAAGGCAUAAAUGGAUGCGAAAAACCCUUGAAAGAGCUCGCCAGUUUGGAUUUUUUUAUGGUCCAACGCAUAUACCAACAGGAAUUACUUCAAAUUUCCAUGUGGUGGGAAGCACUUGGUUUGGCUAAGGAGUUGAAGCUGGCCAGGAACCAACUAACAAAAUGGUAUAUAUGGUCCAUUGCUGCCAUGGCUGAUCCCAGCUUGUCGGAGGAAAGGAUUGACCUAACAAAAUCCAUUGCCUUCAUAUACUUUGUAGAUGACAUCUUCGAUCUUUAUGGGAAACCCCAUGAACUCACCCUCUUUACAGAAGCCAUAAACAGAUGGGAACAUGGUGCCAUUGAAAACUUGCCAGAGUACAUGAAGAUAUGUUGCAAGGCACUUAUUGACACCACGAACGAGAUUGGCUACAAAAUCUACAAAAAGCACGGAUAUAACCCUAUUGACUCCCUAAAGAAAAUGUGGGCAAGUUUGUGCAAUGCGUUUCUGGUAGAAUCAAAAUGGUUUGCUUCUCACGAGUUGCCAAAAGCCGACGAGUAUCUAGAAAAUGGAAAGGUGAGUUCAGGAGUGCCUGUCGUGCUAGUUCUCUCAUUCUUUCUUACGAAUGUCGUAGGAUCAACUGGAAGUUCAGUCCAUUUGGAAGAUAUAUCAGACCUUAUAGCCUCAGUUUCAACAAUUUUACGUAUUUGGGAUGACUUGGGAAGUGCAAAGGAUGAGCAACAAGACGGCAAAGAUGGCUCUUUUAUAGAAAGCUACGUGAAAGAGCAUCGAGGAUUGUCUAUUGUACAAGCAAGAGAGCAUGUUAAUCGCCUGAUAUCAAGUGAAUGGAAACGGCUUAACAAGGAGAGUUUUCGUCUAAAUCAAUUAUCAGCGUCAUCUAUCACAAAGGCUUCUCUUAAUAUUGCAAGAAUGGUUCCUCUCAUGUAUAGUUACAGUGAUAAUCAACGUCUCUUAAUCCUCGGGGAACAUGUCAAGUCUACACUAUUUGAUGAGAUAUACUUGGAUUGCCAUCUUUGGAAUUAA